CACAACGAGAGCAUCCAGCAUCCAUUUGAUGUCGAGCCAUGAGAAGUCAACCUGACGUGCAACGGUGGCUGCUGCUGCUAGGAGCAGCUGUGACAUUUUUCGUCUUUGCUCCUCGUGGACUGCUGGUGGGUUUGGUGGUCUUAGCACUUUUGGGUGGACGUUGCCCACAACGUCUCCUGCGGCGCAAGACCAGAGACUCGGAGUUGAAACCCAUCGUUGAGACCUCUCAGGACGAGACCUCCAAUGAUGGAGACUGGGGCGCCACACUGGUGUUGGUCUUUGAGGCAAAGGAUCCCAUGACCAACGUGCAACAAUUGAAGAUCCGGGCAGACGAGAACUCUUGGACGCUGGAAGAGAGCGACAGUGAUGAGCACGGUGGGUUGAGUCCUGGCGAACUCUUGGAGCGGCUGCGCAAUGCAGGUCUUAGUUACCGCCUUGGCUCUUCCGCAGCUGGGGAAUUCAUUUUCUGCUUGGUGCGAUUGCCGGAGGAGACGGCGCAAGCGAAUCUGAGUUUCUAUCCCAUCGACUUGCAACUCGAUGCAGACGAGGCACAAAGAUAUGCCUCGGAUUUGGGUAUGUUGCUUGCGCUGCGCUCAGAGGUGCGUGAUUGGGAAGAAAUUCACCCUUGCGAGUCCUUUGACACUCGCGGAGAAAUGCAAAGUCCACCUGAGAUGCUAGAAGAUGUUUGGGAGGAUUUGCACAUGCGUUUUUGUCCUCAAAUCCCUGGACGCGUGUUCCAGCACUACCCGCUGGUAGGGAAGUCAGGCAAGACAGCGCUGUCUAGCAUUUUGACUCCUUCACAAAGACUGCGAAUGCUUCUGAGUUUAGUGGGAGAUGACCUACCUGGUGCUGUAGGCACUAUGGGACCAGGUCUCAAGCUUGAUCAAUGGAAAAAACCAAAGUUCUACAAUUGCUUGCUGCACACAUGCCGAAAUUUUGGGGCGAGUCGUGUGGCAAGGGCUGCCAGUAGUGCCCACGUACAAAGAGACUUCCCCAAGGGUUUUUCAUUUUACUUCUUGAUGCAGGAGCCGCGAGAUGCUACCUUUCAAAGGCUGCAGAUGAAAUUUGGCCGUCCGAGCUCUGCACUUUUCCAGCAUGGUUUGCUCUCUGGAGUUGUGGACAAAAAACUGCCGUCCAUUUUGCAGCAUUACUUUGGACAGCAGAUCGGUUUCUACUUUGCCUUUCUACAACAUUUGUUCUCCUAUGGUUUCGCUUUGUCGGUGCUUGUGGCGCCUCUGUUGGCCGUCUACAGUGUGGACUGGGCAAAGCAUUUGGUCCAGGCUGUUGCACAGGAGAAGCCGUUGUUUCUGUUGGACGAGAUGGUCUCAGAGAUUAGUCACUUGGAUGCCUCGCGAAGCCGCUGGCCACUAUGGUCGCUCAUGGUGGGCCUGACCACCACGGUUUGGGGUCAAUGUGUGAUUGAAUCCUGGCAUCGCCAGGAGAAGCGGCUUGCUCGGCAAUGGGGAUGUCAUCCUUGGCGUCGAGCACUGACGCGGCCUUCCUUUCGUGGAAAGCUAGCAGUCAGCCGUGUCGACGGGCGAUUGGCUUUCGUGCACCGCAACAGGCGGCUUUUCCAAGCACGUGUCAUCGCUGUGAACUUGUGCUUUCUGUGCCUUUGGGCCCUCGUCUUCGGCGUCCUCGGUGCCUUCUUCCUCCGUACAGAUCAGGUUCAGGUGGCCACUGAGAACUACGCUUCCUUGGGCGCGAUGUUCUCUGUGGCCAGUGUUUUGAGUUAUCACCUCUUCCGUUUGGUCGCCAAUGCUCUCACUGAAGCGGAGAACCAUCGAGAAGAAUCGUCUUGGGAGACGUCCAUUUUGUUGAAGAAGUGGGCCUUGACCGUGAUUGUGCAAUGUUGGGCCCCGCUGCAUUUGCUUUUCGUUCGACCGUACUUAUGGCCCUGUGCCUAUGGAGAGCCUGAGCUACGAAAGCAGCUGCGGAUUGAGCAGUGCGAAUUUUGGGAUCAGGAGUGCUGCGAUCAAGAAUUGAGGAGUGGUGGGCAGGUCCUGGUGAGUUUCGCGGAGGUGCGAGGCGAAGCUGUGCUACGCCAUGCGCGGCAGUUCAUCGCUGGGUGGCUAGUCUCCAAGAUCUUCGUGCACAAUUUGUUGAAAUGGAUUGUGCCGCGGUUGUGUGGUUUCCUCUGCACCCGUGGCCUCUACCCGCUUUUGGCGGUCGAUUUCGCAGAGGACGUCUUAACAGACCUGGCACUCGAGAGCCAGGGCACACGGCGGCGGAUGCACCGAAGCCGCUUGCGCCGCUGGCUGUGUCCCAAGCGUCCGCGCUACGGUCGAAGCGCAACAGACCUUGGUGACGCAGGCCCAUCGAACAUGCCGGCAGAGCUUAUCUUUGCUUGCGAGUGCCAGCUUGACAAGCAGGAUCCGUGGGAGGUCCUCGACACUGCCACAGAUUUAUCGGUGCAUUUCCUCGUGGUGUCUUUGACCACUGUGAUCUACCCCUUCGCGCCGGUGCUGUUUCUGAUGCACUUGCUGGUCGAAUUCCAGAUGGAUUUCUUUCAACUUUUAGAUCGAAGACAACCUCAGCCACGAGCUGGACAUGGAUUGCCUGAAGCCUGGAUGGCCAUCUUUCAGUCCUAUGUCUACGUGGGAGCGCUCUUCAAUUUGGCAAUUGUCGCCUUUCGCACCAACCUGGUGGUCAAUAUCUUUGGAGAGGGGCCGGCCGUGCAUAUUGCCUUCUUCAGCACUGCCAUGCUACUUAUGGUCUUGGUGCUUGGCAUUGUGCAUUUGGUGAUCCCUCGGGUCCCAAGCAAAGUCGUCGAGCAUUUGCAGCGUGAACGAGAGGUUGAAGCUUUCUUUAUCGGACAAAGUGGCCGACGAGAGAGAACUGAGAGACCAAAAGAGGCGUCGGUUGUGCACCGGAGUGAAGCGGAUGAGAGAUGCGAGUCGCUGAGAGACAUCGAAAAGGGACAGGUGAAGGCACAAGCGUUCUUUUAUGGCUAUGACAUACGACUAAGACUAUCCUAACUCAGGGAGUCUUCAACUUUGCAACAUUUUCUGAUGGAAGAUACUGAAGCCCGGAAAAACAUUACACCGGUAUGUACCCCAGACAGCAACUAACUCUAAAACCAGAGACCUAUAGGCUAUAGACAUCUGGUAGACCAAAAAUCAAGUAAUUCAGAACAAAAUAGCGAGCUUGAGCUUCCGACCUUGAGUGAGCCCAACAGUGCCUCUCCAAGUGACUCCAACACAGGCAGACCACUGGGGAGACAUGCAAGGAGACAGUGGGGAGACAAGGCAGCAGCGGCAGCUGUGGACCAAAACGCCCAUCAGCCACCCAGUCAUUGAGAAGUAUGAACCCCUAUAGCUAUAGCUUUCAGAUGCUUUGCUUUCAGCUAUCUGGAGAAUAAAGAAAAGCAACCUUUUCAAUCCUUUUUUCAGCGCCGUGCCCACGGCUCAAAGGUUGCCUGGUUGCAUUUGCAGCGCCCUUUGAGUUCCUCCUUGCGUCCGAAGGUGGAGUUACGUCUUGACAGCCAAAAAGGGAAUCCGUCCACGAUGCGGUGAAGUUUAAGCAAGAAGCGUAAAAAAUCCGAAGCCUGAGCUUCAAUAGUCAAAAGAGUGUAUACAAUAUCAUAUAAGCAUGUAAAGCGAAAGGUUUCUUCAUGAGAGCUACUGUGCAGUUAUGCAGGGUGUUAGUAUAGUUGGAUCUGACAGAGGUGUUUGUAUCACUUAGCUUGCAAUAGUGGAAUUAGAGAUUUCAAGCUGUUCAUAGACACAGUUUAAACCAAGUGGGAAAAACAUCGCUACUUCGGUCAAAGCUUGCAAGAUCAUAUUUUGUUCACACUCAGGAUGCGCCGGCUCUCUGAUUCUGCUCGAGUACGUUUAGCAGCCAAAACAGCCUUGGGCGACAAAGGCUAUGCCACCGUCGGCCGUGUGGAGGAGCUUGCCAAACUACGUGCUGCCCUGCUGCGUGAUGUGCAAGCAGCCCCAGCUGCUGAGAAGAAGGUGCUGCUGAGGUACCGCGAUCAGGUUAGGGAGAAGCUCCUUCAGCUUGGGAAGCAGAGUGAAGGACACGUGUUGUAUGCAGUGAAGCGGGCCUUGAGACACUGAUUGUUGCGAUUGAAAAAAGCGAGUCAAUUGUGAGGGAAACGCAGAGAAACCCCAAAGCCAAGGGCGUGCCUUUGAUACGGUCGCUUCCUUUGUCGUGCCAGU